AUGACUCGCGUGUUGCACGACGCAAGAGAGGGCUUCGUGAGGGACGCUUCUACGUCGUGGGUCAAGGCCGAGCCGCUCAUCAGCACGGUCGUUCCAGCAGUAGCACGAAUGCAUGCAACGCUCGCGGAGCUCGAGUGUGUGCUCAAGGUGCUGAGCGACGAGCUGCAGUUGGUGCGGGACACGUGGCAGACCAGGGACAUGAGCGACGCGGCAGCAGAGAAAGAGCGCGUAGAGCUGCGGCGCACGCUGCGACACCAGAAAGCGCAGCCGCUGUGGGCGGAACAGCGGACGUACGUGUGGGACCGCAUCUGGCCGUGUGCUCCAACGAGUGGAAUGCUCUCGGUCAGAGUUGGUUUGCGUCUUCCUGGCAAUCGCACGGUUGCUUCCACGUCGGGUCAGGGUCGCGCCGCUCGUCAACAUUGCUGGGACGGCCGUGACACCGAUGCACGAUUCCGGUUCGAGAGGCUGGACUACCUGGUGUUGGACGCCAUCAACGAGCGUUCGAAAUUGCAGCUGUUCAUCCCGGUAGCUGCAUCGUUCGGCAGGGCGGCCCAGCGUUCCACAUGCUGUUCAUUACUCGGGGCACGCUCUCGAGCAUUGAGUCCAAGCGUUGCCAGUCCAACACGCUGGUCAAUUCCGUCACGCUGCCACCAGGAGAUUUCGUUUGACCUGGUGUCUGAACCCCAGGUCACGUGUUGA